CGUUUCUCUUUUUCCCACCCUCCUCUUCCGCUCACUUCUCGCGAUAAAGCGACGAGGCGCUUUGACAGGCAGUCGAGGUUGCAGCAGGCAGCGGGAGAGACGGUGGAAGGAAGGUAAAGCAGGGAGGCAGCAUCAUGGCGGACAGAGACAGUGGCAGUGACCACGGAGGGCCCACCGCAGGCCCCGGCUCGCUGCCCCCGGGUGCGAUGGGAGCCAUGUCCAGGCUGCAGCACGACACCGAGGAGCUCGCCUCCAAGCGGGUCGACAUCCAGAACAAACGCUUCUACCUUGACGUCAAGCAGAACGUGAAAGGACGCUUCCUAAAGAUAGCCGAGGUCGGCGCUGGGGGGAACAAGAGCCGCCUGACGCUCUCCAUGUCGGUGGCCGUGGAGUUCCGCGAUUAUCUCGGGGACUUUAUCGAACAUUACGCCCAGCUGGGCCCGAGCAACCCCGACAUGGUGCAGGAUGAGCCCCGGCGGGCGCUCAAGAGUGAGUUUUUGGUGCGGGAGAAUCGCAAAUAUUACAUGGAUCUGAAGGAGAACCAGAGGGGGCGGUUCCUAAGGAUCCGGCAGACCGUUAACCGGGGGCCCGGCCUGGGAAGCUCGCAAGGCCAGACCAUCGCUCUGCCGGCGCAGGGUCUCAUCGAGUUCCGCGACGCUCUGGCCAAACUCAUCGACGACUACGGCGUGGACGAGGAACCCGCCGAGCUCCCGGAGGGCACCUCGCUCACUGUGGACAACAAGCGCUUCUUCUUCGACGUGGGCUCCAACAAGUACGGCGUGUUUAUGCGGGUCAGCGAGGUGAAGCCCACGUACCGGAACUCCAUCACGGUUCCGUGCAAAGUGUGGUCCAAAUUCGGCAACACCUUCUGCAAAUACGCGGACGAGAUGAGGAAGAUCCAGGAGAGGAGUCGAGAGAAACGGGCCUCAGAACUGCUACCUGAGGGCCCCCACGGCGGGGAUGACGGCGACGAUGACUGACUUUUUUUUUCUUCUUCCUUUUCCUUUUUUUUUGGGACCGGAACCAAAACAGACCGCAUCUUAAUGUCAAGAGAGAAGAUCUCCAAGGGAAUCGCACCCUCACACAUACACACAAGGCACCGCAGACAUGGCAGCACCUCGGCUGCCUCCUCGCUCAUUUGACUGGAUGUCACCCACUUAUCCACCAUGUCACAGUAAGCUGCUAUCAAGGACUUGAACUGUAACAUUUCUACUUGAUUUCAGUGACGAUGCUCUAGCAGAAGAUUUUGCACAUGUCCAAGCUAUUUGAAACCUUCUCAAAGUCAAGAACCGACACCGGCACCGACACCGGCACCGGCACCGGCGCUCCAUUAGACAUGACAAGUCUGCUCAUAGAAGAUUUGGCAUCGGCACAAAAAGAAAGCAAAAAUUGCAGACGAAAUAAGAAAGCGCUCUACAGGUGAAUAGUCAACGCAUGCUUGCAAUUUGACCUAAAAAGUCCUAAGAUGCAGAUCACACGCACCUCCAACCAAUGGGAUAAGUCUAUCUCCAUCUCCAUAGAAAAAGUGCUAACUUAGAUGUACUAAUUAUGAUUUUGUGAAUCAGCUGUAAAAAGAUCCUUAUUAAGAUACCCACGUUUUCUGUGGGGGGAAUUUAUGUUCUUUUCUUUUUUCCUUGAGGGAGGGUGGCAAUGCGAAAAGGUUCACUUUGGGGAGUGCAAAGGCGUGAGAUGAAAUGAAAUGAUAUAUAUAGCUAUAUAUAUAUAUAUAUAUAUUAAAAAAAAGACACGCCUGCUCAGUGCAGGCAUCCUCUCUGACGUCAUUACAACUCGUGCCUUAUACACGCCACUCGUUUACGUGUCCUCACGUGGAUGGUCUGUCUAUCAUUUACGAGUGCUGUUAUGUCGGCAGAAAUAUACUCCACACUGACCGGGGCUGCACACCCUGGUGGGUGUGGGUGUGGGUGUGGGUGCCAGGCAGCGACACACCCAAGAGUAAGCCGGACGCUGCUGGGAGUCAGGCUGAGGCCUGGCGUGAUGGUGGAAGGCGUUCUUGACAUGGUAAAACAAUCGCGGUGACGAAGAUGGAAACCCGUAGAGUCUCGGUGAAACGAUUUGUCAGAAGGCGGGGGCGUCUCCGUGCCCUUUGGAUAUCAGAGCAGGGCCAAGGCAGUGUAUCUCUUUAUGGUGCUAUCGCCCCAACAUUGCUCCUUUUGCUCACCGUACGUCACAUAUGCGUUAUAGUCCGCCUCACCGCGUUGUGUUCAACAUCGUGUUGGGUUUCUCCCUCCCAGGCAGAGGUGGAGAUGCUCACCACAUGUUAGUGUGCAAUAUUCCAUGCCGUUGUGUCACACGUACGGACUACCACAAGGAGCAAACAGUACGUAGGUAUGUGGUUUAGAGAUAUUUUAAAAGCAUGAUUAUGUGCUUAACAAUGUGAAGUCUUUUUUUUUCCCUCAUAGCUCAAAAGUAUUUUGGAUCAGUGUGUGGAGUUUGAUUCAUCCCACACAUCGGGGUCUCACACACACACACACACACACACACAUACAGCGUCCCCCCUGCGGAGGCCUCAUGUUGCUUUUGGAGAGUUUGGGAGGCCUCUACAGUACUUUCAAUGAGGCUCACUAUCAUUAGAAUCCAGGAGAAGGCUUGGGGAACUCUCCUGAGAACAGGACCAAAAAAAAAGGGAUUUGUCCUUUUAAACUACAAAAGUCAAUUUCAUUUUGCAGAAAAGGUUGAAGGUUUUUGUGUCGGAGUGCUGGUGAAACGCCCGAUGAAGUGUGGCAAGUCACUGCAAGGACUCAGCACCACCAACCUUGCACCACCAUCAUUGGUAAAAGACACACUUGGCCGUUUAUUUUGUACACUUCCCCCGUUAUUUAUUUCACAAAAUGUAUGUGUCAGGAAAUUGUACUUCACAACUGUGUCUAUGUAAGUUCUAUAGAGUUUGAACAAAAUGCAACUUAUUACAGUGGAACCCCUUUAUGUCAACAACCUGUUUAAGUCGACCAAAUAACUCAUCAAGUCCCGGUCUACCCAGAAUGCCCGCUUAAGUUGACUUUGACACACACAGUUGAGCUUUCUAGUUGAGUUUGUAGGACUGGUAACGACCGUUAUCGAUUACGUCUUUUUGCAAAAGCAGACUUCAAAUCAACAAAAACCUCCGCUAACAUCAACUCUCCGACUGGCAGAAUCUUUCAUGCCGCUUUCCCUUCAUUACCUGGCAACAAAACUACCAGAGGUUCCAAAUCCUUUAUUAUCUCCAAUCCUUUAGUUUCUGGCCAAACUCAAGUCGAUGUUGAAGUAAAGGAUAUUUGGGUUAUGUUGACAGCUGCUUGUGUCAAAGUGUUUUGUUGUGUACUGUAUUGUGUUUUGUUGCCGACCUCUGCAUAGAUCUAGCGUGGACCUGCACUCGUUUGAGUCCCCUAAUUCUGGGAUGUAAAUGGAAAAUGCUAUUUUGUCCUCGGUUUUGGUUUAUCACCCAGCGGUAGCCAUCAUGUUCCUUUUGUUUGUGUCGUGGAGGAUGUACGUCUUAGGGCAUUGAAUCUACCACGACUGGGCUGUUCAGGUAGUAGAAGAUGUUUGGCCUACCAGUUCAUGCUUAAAGACUAGAUAGGACUGCUUUAGCGCCAGUUGAAGACAUGGACAGAGAGGUGAAACAUCUUCUAAGAUGGUUGGGCAAACUUUUUGUCCAGGGGCCAGAUUAUGUAUUUGAUGCAUGCCAACUGUUUCACCUUUGGAAUUCCAACAGUCUACUAGGAAUAAUUUAUCCGUAGGAAUGUCAUACAUCCUGUCCCCUUUUUUCAGGAGCAUUUUAAACAUCAGACCCCAUCAAAUAACGAAGUAGAAUUACUAUAAAACACCGACACCGACAUCCCUCACAACAACAACACUCUGACUACUUCAAAGUCACUACUAAGCGACUACUUCAACACAAAGCUGCCCAGCGGAUGCCUGUCUAUAAGUCAUGCAGUGGAAAAAUACGUGGCGAUUCAAGUAAAGAACGCAAAUAUUGUUCCGAUAUCGGAUCCGAUCGGCCUGCCAAAUUAUCGGUCAUCCUUAAUUCUGAGCUGUCCUAUCAAGUCUUUGAGUGUGAACCGAUCCCUGACAGUCCAGGUGUGAUGGAUUCAAUGACCCCCAAUGACCUGGAUGAAUGAGGACGUCCACAGGCCAAAUGUAUGUCAUUUAAGAAGACAAAGUUUAUGUUUUAUGUAUCAAAGGCCCACCGAGUGCUGGUCUCAGCACACUUGGCAGCAGGCGUGAUGUCAAACAGCAACCUUGAAAAGUGGGCGGCGGCCUCUCCUCUCUACCAAACUAGGCAACAAACAGAACUUCUGGUUUCACUGGCGACAUCUCUCAUUGGUCAAGUAUGAGUUCCCGGUUAAGCACGCAGCCAAUAGCAGCCUCUGGUCACAUGACUCAUCCCAAAUCACCCACAGAGGAGCUCAUUGAGCUCAUCUUGUGUUUGCACUCACACCAACACGUCGUUGGCCGGCUCUAUAGGCUGUGUAUCCUUUUAAAGACGUCCCGAAGGGAUGCAACAAAGGUUUGGGAUGGAGGCAAAUGCACAAUGAACAUAUCCCGUGUUUGGUUUAAGCCCUUUACCAUCCCAUGUGAGAUAAUAUGUUGUACCUUUCAAAAAUAUUUUAUCUGUGGCGUAUGUGUGCGUGUGUGUGUGUGCGUGUGUAUAUAUAGCAAAUAUAUAUAUAUGGUUUGUUAUAUACAAUGCUCCUCCUUUCAGAAAAAAUAUAAUGUAAACAGGAAAAACAUACUGCGUUUUUCUUUUGCUUUGUAUAUUUAUACUGACAGAAAGCAUUGAAUAAAAACCGAUACAUACUUGCACUUUAGAUAUAUUAAGAAAACUACAAAUCUGCAUAUUAUUUUUGAUAGGGAUCUAAUUCAAAGAUUAUGAAUUACAAGCUUUGUGACUAUUGCUGGACAAAGAUGUAUUGAGUUCUACUUAUUGAAGUAUAUUUUGUUUGUGUGUCAGAAAGUUUACUGGAGUAAAUUGCAUGAUAAAGUAGUGCUAUACACCGAUAUUGUUCUUCUUUUUUUUUUUGAAGUUGGUAAAAAAAAAAUGUCUGAAAACUGUGAUAACAACCCUCUUGUUUGUUCAAGCGCUCCUUGCCCUUUGGGGAACAUUUCCUGUUGAAAUAUGGCCUUUCCUGACCACAAGACGAUGGUGCUUACUUUGACUUGGACAUCAUCCUAUACAUCUCAACGUCAUCAUAACUCGUGUCCUUACACUCCAUUCACCACCUUAUUAAAUUUCUGUUGAUGGCAAAAAAGAAGAAAA